AUGGCUGGACAGCAGGUGAUCAAGGCUCGCCCUCGAGAAAUACAGUAUUUUCUAGGGAUUGAUUACAAUAAAAUGGAGGAAUUGUGUAACAUCAAUGGCCUACAGAGCAGCUCUAUUGAAAGAACAUAUGCUGAACGCCAGGCAGUUUGUAGAUUACUGAAGAUAUUCCCAGACAUUGUUUUGCAGCUUUCAGACGAGGAGUUGAAAUCAAUAAGUUCAACUGUGAGCCUGGAAAUAUGGGAGAAAGGAUUCGUAGUGUUUGGUAACCAAGGCCUCCAUGUGAUUCUGAAAGGCUCUGCCAGACCACAAUCCCUUCCAUACAAGAAGAUGCUUGAUGACUCUCUGGAUUUUGAGUCUACAGCAGAUCCUGAGAUGGAUCCAUCUCAGAUAUUGCUAAGCGUUGGCAGCUGCUUUGGCACUUUGGAACCAAUUCCAAACCUAGAUGUAAGCAGCAGUGUUCUGAGCGUCAUCACAGAAUCCUACUGUCAAAUGCUCAAAAUAUCUGUCCGAGAAUAUCGGAGAAUAAAAGAGGAAAUCAUUCUGCACGACAAAAUAAGGAAGAAAGAAUUGAUCCAAUCCUGCCCUUUUUAUGCUCAAUGGCCAAAACUUUCUACAAAUAAAUUGGUUGCCAUAAUGGAGUGGAGAAAAUAUCCAGCAGGUUAUGUGCUGGUGAAAGAAGGUGAAAUCAGCAGCUUUGCAGGAUAUAUUAUGUCUGGUGAAUGCCACAUUUUAAGAAGCAUUGAAGUCAUUGUAAAACGUCCUCUGGGAAAAACGGUCAAUGAAACUAAACAUGUGAUUAUGGGAAAAUUAGAAAAGAAUGAAUCCUUCGGAGAGAUCAGCAUUAUACAACAAGAACCUUUCACCUGCACAGUUGUCACAGGAACAGAUGUUGAGCUUGGAGUUAUUUCUGACAGUGCUUUGCUUGAACUUGACGAGGUAAAUCAGAUGCUUCUUCAACAGACUGCAGAACUGACCUUCGGCAAACUCAAUCAGGAGGAGAUCAACCAGAAAUAUAUUCAUCAGGAGAAACAAAGAGAAUGGUUGAAGUUUAAGGAAAAAGUAAUACAGGAAACCCUGUUAUACAACGGAAUAUUUCCUGGCUUUGGAAAAUGGAACCAUCACUUGAUUAAGAAAAAAAUCACUCCAAAAAAGAAAUGCCUCCACACUCCACAAUGACACCACAUUACAAAGGUUGGAGGGGCAGGGUGGAUACAAAGUCAUUUGAUUGUCAUUCAACACUUUGAAUUCACCAAAAAAGGCUUUCUUCUUAUAGAAUAGAAAGCUACAUUAAUAUUACUUGUAUCUCUCUCCAACCAUUUCCUUUGCCAUGGCCUCCCUCCCACAACCUCAGUUGAUUCGUGUUCUAACGAUGGUAGAAUACGUGACUUUUCAUGAUCAUCUCUCUUUACCGCUCUAUAAUACCAAGUGCAAGUCAGAAAAUCUGCGCUCAAUUACAAGUGGUUUCUAAUGAUCCUCUUCGCUUUGGGAGUGUGGGUGGGGGAGAAGAAUAAACUUUGAGAUAAGAGAAUCAUACCAGUGAAUGAAAGACAUUCUGAAAAACAUUACAGUAAUUAAAGUUGUAUUUUUUAUACAGCAAUUAAAGCAAUUAUGAUGAUCAA